AAAAAAUCACUUGCUUGAACAGCUUGUAGUUUGUCGUCCUACUACUUGGCGCCUAAUCCACCUUCCAUUUGCAACCGGCUUUUCUCACUUUAAUUUUAACUUUGGUUAAUAAGUCUUUAUAAUUCGGUUCCUUAGGUUCCAUAUUAAACGUGUUACGAUGUCCACUAAUGGUGCCAAUGGCGAGGAUACAGAAAUGGCCGAAUGCGAAGGCGAAAAAGUAGUGACAAUGAUGGACGUACUUCAGGAACAACAGGAAUUCGAAGAAGACGCUAAUGCUGUUCUUGGAGCUUCAGACGACAAAAACUGUACUUACAAUAAGGGAUAUAUAAAACGCCAAGCUGUAUAUGCAUGCCUGACUUGCUGCAGUGAUGCCAAAAAUGACCCAGAAAAGCGUGCUGGUGUGUGCCUUGCCUGCAGUUUGACAUGCCAUGAGAACCAUGACCUGGUAGAGCUCUAUACUAAACGCAACUUCCGCUGUGACUGUGGAAAUCCCAAAUUUAACCACCCCUGUCAAUAUACUGAAAGUAAGACAUCUCUCAAUGAUGAAAAUAUUUACAACCAGAAUUUUAGCGGUCUGUAUUGCACCUGCCACCGGCCCUAUCCAGAUCCGGAUGGAGUUGAAGAGGAGAUGAUUCAAUGCAUAGUAUGUGAAGACUGGCUUCAUUCAUCACAUUUAGAAGCUACUGUACCUGCCCCUGAGCUUUAUGCUGAGAUGAUUUGCAAAGCUUGUAUGGAAAGUAAUGACUUUCUCCAUGAUUAUAGUAAAUAUGCUGUUAAUGGUGAGGUUGAUGUAGUAAGUGUCAGUGAGUCUGAUGAUUCCAAACACUGCAAUGGAGACAUCACUGAGAUGAAUGGAGCUAAUGUUAAAACAGAUAAUGUUGAAGAUGAGAGUGCUAAAGAUUCUGGCAUAUUGGCGAAAGUUGAUAAUCUCACUGAACCUGAUACUAGUCAUGAUACUGUUGAAAAUAACUCAAAAGAACAAAUGGAUGUGACAGUCACUGAGAAAACUGACAAUGAAAAUCCAACUACUGAUAAUAGUGACGAAGGUCAAGCUGAGCCUGUUAAAACAUCUAAUGAAAAUCCUGUAGAAAAUGACCUCAUAAACCCCAUUGAAGACAGCCAAGCUAAAGAUGACCAAGAAGUGAAGCUGUCUUCUGACGAAAUUUCUGAAAAUCAGUUAAGUGGUAGUACUAACCCUGUUACUAGUUCUGAAGACCAAGCAAACAUAGAUGCAACUAAUAAUGAAGGUAAUGGUAUGCCUUACACCACUGAACAACAAGAAGACUGUGCUAAUACUUCUCAUGUAUCUAACACAGGUGAUGUGAAUGGUGAUCAACCGAAAGUCGAAACUGAUGAGGGCUCUAAAGUUGACAGUCAAGAAAAGCAAGACCUUGCUGACUUGGGGACUGUUGAGAAUACAAAUGUGGAAACUUCACAAGUAACCAAUAACCAUUUUGGAGAUGAAGAAAUAAAGGAAAAUAAGCGAAAGUUAUCUACAGAGGAAUCUACACUUGAUGCUUUUGCCAAAAAACCAAAAUUAAGUAACAGUGACUGUAUUAGGCCACAAGGAGGAAGGAAAAUGUUCAAAGGCGCUACAUUUUGGCCAAGCCAUUUUAGACAAAAAUUGUGCACUUGUAAUGAAUGCAUUGCCAUGUACAAGGAUUUGUCCGUAUUGUUCCUUAUAGACCCUGAAGAUACAGUUACUGCUUAUGAAGUUUUAGGCAAGGAAAAAACUGAUGGUGCUGCAUCUACUCAGUAUGAGAAAGGCCUAGAAGCUUUAUCAUCCCUAGGCAGAAUUCAACAGAUUAAUGCUUUGACUGAGUAUAACAAGAUGAGAGAUAAGUUACUUGAUUUUCUCAAAAGCUUCAAAGAUAGAAGGGAAGUUGUCAAGGAAGAAGAUAUAAAGGCCUUCUUUGCAGGUAUGAAACCAAAAAGAGAGCCUGAUGGUGUGUACUUCUGCAGAUAAUUUUUUUGCUAUUAAAAUGAUGACCAUUUUAUUCUUUAUUAUCCAUUGUAGUGAUUGAUGUCAUUCCUGCUAGUAUUAAAUAGGUAUCGUCUUAUUUAAGAUUAACCAUUGAUUUCUUAUAUCUUAUUCUUUGAUGUAAUAAAUGACUCUUAAUUUUAUUA